AUGAGUUAUCCAAAAGAAAAGUCUUACAAGAAUGUCAUCAUCGGUGACAGCGGAGGCAAUCCCGUGGGCUUAGACGCCCCGCCGCCCGUGCCCGUAUACUACACCGAAUCGAAGCGAACAUGGCGAUCAUACUUCUGGUCUACUCUUGACGUGCCCAAGGAAGAGGCGUGGUUCUUGACCAAGCUUGACCUCACACUCAUCACGGCAUCCGCACUCGGUGUCAUGUGCCGCUAUCUCGAUCAGGUCAACAUUACCAAUGCUUUCAACAGCGGCAUGAAGGAGGACUUGUCUCUGUACGGAAACGAGCUCAAUUAUGCCACCGCUGUUUGGAGCGCGGCCUACAUCAUUGGGCAGGUACCGUCGAAUUUGCUACUGACACGCGUUAAUGUGCCCCUGUACAUUGCCUUCCUCGAGUUCUCGUGGAGCGCCUUUACAUUUGCCCACGCUGGCGCUAAAAGCAUCCGCGACAUAUAUGUGUUUCGCUUCUUAGUCUGUGGCUGUAUUUCUGUACCUUGCGCUAUUUGGACUGCAUUUGCCAUGCCUCAGUUACCAAGCCGCGCAAAGGCCAAUUGGGUCUUUACGGAUGCGGAAGUGAAACUUGCUCGCGCACGCAUGCCGACCGAAGCUAAGCCGCUGACCGGACUAUUUAAAUGGAAGGACGUCAAAAGAUGGCACAAGACAUGGCACGUGUAUCUGUUUCCUCUGUUUUUCACGUUCGCCGCGCAGUUCGGUCAGGCCGGAGGAUCCAGUAAGCUCAGCUCCGCAUGCCCCGUUCCAAUCAGGCAUGACUUCUUUGUUAUCGUUUACUGA